UCUCCACCCAAUGCAGGUAAAACACAGAAUAAUCACCUGUUUCUUCCCUUGUUCAAGUUGUGCACUGUUAAGUAGAAGAAUAACUAAAUAUUUGCAGACAAGUGUAAUGAUAGUCCCAGUCUCCUUGUGUUCAAGUCUAUUGAGUUUAGAAUAAUACAAUUUCAAUAUUUUGUUUGCUGUUCUUGGUGCUACUUCAGAGAUUACUAUGUGGUGUCUGGCCAAGUGAAUCGACUUGUUCUCUGUGUCUUGCUUUCCAAUGGAUGGUAUAAAUUGUUGAACAACAAUUAACGUGUUUUAUAUUAGCUCGGGAAAAGUGACUCUUUUCUUUUGGUCUCAAAGAGCAUUGUCACAAGUGAGAAUCUGGCACUGUGUAAACUAGAUUCAAUUACGUUGGUUCUGUUAAGUUAGGUUUAAAAUUGUUAAACAGGUUACGAAAAUAAAUAUUGCAUUGCAAUUGGAUUUUGUGCAAAGCUAUGACGUUAUGAAAUAAGGACAGAUGUGCUCGUGCCAACCAUUUCUCUCUAUGACAUUAACAACGUCUGAGCCACAUCAACAACGUCUGAGCCACAUCAACAACGUCUGAGCCACAUCAACAACGUCUGAGCCACAUCAAAAGUGAUUGAAACAUUCAGACAUUUUCCUUUAUUUCUAUCACAAGAACUGUUUAUCUUUAGGACACAAAGGAUAUAGCUAUCUUACAAUUCUUAGAGCCCAAUUCUCUACACGAGGCUUAUCUCCCUUUGAAAUGUCAUCUCAACCAAAUGACAGCUUGCAGGCAAAGGACAAGCAGACUACACCAGACUUGGAAAACAGCUAUCUGUCAGAUAUUUCAGAAGUCAAUACUGGCCGUUCCAACUCACAAGAAAGCACAAUACAGUCCACUAGUCGGAAUCACUUGGAAGAUGAUUAUGACUUGAUUCAAGAAAUUAAAGAUUUAGAUUUUGGAUUCUAUGAGCCAUUAGAUGGCAAUUUAUCUGAGAGAUUGUAUCAAAUGAAACAAGAAUUACUUCAACUUCAAGAGCUAGAGAAGAAAGAGUCUAGCAAGAUAGGAUUCUCUCAAGACGUGGAACAGAGUCCACACGAUACAGGCAACAGGUCUGACGUUAGGCCCACCAAGCGUGGUCGUCCAAUUAAAGAAUACAAGAUGGAGUCUGAGAGUGAAGAGAGGCCAGAACCAAAGAGUUAUUUAUCUGUGGACAGCUUUCAUCCAGCUGAAGAACAGAGUCUACCGCCAAAUCAGGCUACAGAUGUAAGAAGAGUCUCGUUUCAAAACUUGACGUUAGAAGAAUCUCCUCGUCUAGACAAUUAUUCUGCUGCUUCUCCUAAAUUGUCUCCUGUCAACAUGAGUGAGGGAUUAAGAAAAUACAGACGUAGAUCCCAGAUGAUGAUCCCCUCAGAUAUUCCUUCUGAGAUCCCAUUAAAGAAUCGACAUUUUGAGAUAAAAGACACAUUCAAUUGUAUCAAACGUCGCCUGUCUGAGCACCAGCUUCAGCAAGAAGAACAGGCAUCUCACAUGAACCGUAAAGUUUCUUCCAGUCCUGGAAUUUACCAAGAUGAUAUCGUUCAAACAAAAGUCACUGAAAGUAAUUAUUCACUUUCACUUAAUUAUAAAAAAGGUAACGCCGAAAGGUCAAGCAGGGACAGCCUUUUGAUGACGCCUCCACAACACAGCUACUCUCGAAUGUCCAGCCAAGAAAGUGAAGGGGGUGUCGUCAUCAACUUUGACCGAGGACUCAGCGAGGAGGAGAUGGAUGAGUAUCUUGGAAUUAUUCCUGCCCACCAAAGAGAAUCUGGAAUGUCACCAAUACCUAAAGUGACACCAAGUGCACCACGAAUGUCAGGGUUUCGCAGAAGUCAAUCUCUACCUUCUUCCUCACAUUUCCAAGAAAUGUAUUCAGACUUGAGUGGGGCAGACUCCGACGAAAGUUUACCGUCCUACGUUCCAAUAAAGAAACAAAAAAAGAACUUGAAACAAGGCGUGGACACGAGGACUACAUCCAAACAAGUUGUAGACCUAGAUUUCUACGAGCUUGCCAACUAUGGUUCCAGUAAGAAAGCGUUAUCAGCUUCUCUCACAAGUUUGAUAGACUCACAUCUAGCGGCACACAUACGAAAAGAUUCCAUCGCUCUAUUCAACGUGAAACACGGUGGCAUUGGUCAGAAGUUAAGAAGACUGUCUCAAGUGUCUAUAGCUGAGUUAGAACAGAUGCGACUGAAACAUAUGGAGAUGACGAAAGAGGAACUCAUUAAGACCUAUCGCCUCCACGUUUUUGUCUUCCUUAUCUUCGUGGUGAUGGUCAUAUCUCUCAGUUUGUCCUGGUACUACAAGCAGAUCGCUAACGACAUCCUGCUAGCCAAUCAAAAUAUCUUUUUCGAUCCAGCCACUCGGACACUUACAGUAUUGGAUCCUGGGCACAUUUUGAAAGUUACGGCCAAACUGGGACUUGAGAUUCCAUCAUGGAUGUUGCCUCUGCACUGCCCACUUGUGGUCAAAGAUAAUCCCAAAAUCAAACAAUGUAUCUGGAAAAACCGAGCUAAAUUGACCAUUCAGAAUGUAGCUCGUUCUGAUGUGAACUGUUAUAACGUUUCAUGGGAAAGCUUACAAAUGCAGUAUUUCCCUCAUGACUGCAUUGAUCUCGGGACGGCUGUUUGGUAUGGUCCAUCCAACCAAUCAUUUAGUACAUUCCCCAUCAGAGGAACAUUUCAGUUUCAGCCCUCAGACUACACCGUACAAAAUAAUGGACUCUUUAGUUCCAGAUUGGACCUUUAUUGGCUAUCUUCCAAUGCAGCUGGACUCUAUGUCAGUCCAGAGAGUCCUGUGACCGUCUUCUGGAACAUAUCCGGCAACCAACAGCUGUGUCUGGUGUCGAACUUUAGUGGACCUUUCUAUCCCUCCCAGGAGCGACUGCCUUACUUGAACUACACACUGUGUCAAAGUAACCAAGUGAUGUUGACACACACAGUCAUGCAGUCAAUGUUCCAGUCCAAGCCAUCAAUCAAUGUGUCCUCAGACGCAAUGUUCAGCUCGCCAUUCUGGUCUCUGAAAGGCUUUUCUAAUUCUCUAAAUGUCACAGAUGAGCUUAUCAAAAAUUUAACUAAGGACGCAGAAGAAAAUGAUUUUCAAGUUCAUAAACUGUCACUAGAUGUCGAGUGGGAAAGGACGACGGGAGACGUGAACUUUGACCCUUCAAGAUUUAACAAAUCCUAUCUUGAGGAAUUGACGAAACAAACAAAUAUGCAAAUCAUUUUGACUAUUUCUCCUUAUUUCAAGUUUUCAAGUUCCAAUUUUGCAUUGGGGGUAAUUAAUUCCACUUUUGUGAAAGACUCUGGUGGUGUUGUGCCAGGUCUAACUUUGUAUGACGGACAGCUAACAGCCAUAUUGGAUGUGUUUAAUCAACAGAGCGUCACGUGGUUCACUGAAAGAUUAAAGGAACUCAAUGAUAUCGGGAUCGAGAACUUCCGCUUAACUUAUGGAACUCAAUCCUGGCUACCCUACAAGCCUCGGUUUCAGUCCACUACAGGCACUCCAAACUUGUACAGGAAACUUAUGACUGAAGCAGUCAGUCGUGUGUCCAAGACUCUGAUUGUAGAGCACAGUUCUGAAUCUAGACACGUGAACAGUCUGGUUCCUCUGGUUGCCAAGAUUGAUUUAGUCGAUGGCCGCAACUGUAUUGUUGGAGUUAUUGAUGAAGCUCUGACGCUAAGCAUUAUGGGAUAUCCACUCGUUAUGGUGGAUGGCUUCAAGGAAAUGAAAGGGGCCAAGAUGACCAGUGAGAUGUAUUUGAGAUGGUACCAGUUGGCCUUGACCUUCCCCGCCUAUCUAAUCACAAAACCUCCAUGGAGUGUGAACAAGUCACUAGUACAUGCAGUGAAACAACUUAGUCCUAAAGAAAAUAUAUUGGGAGAUUAUCUCCAUCAACUUACUGAAGAAGUACUUAAGGGUCAACCCAUACUCCGCCCUGUUUGGUGGCAGGAUCCCAAUAAUGCCAGCGUCCAUGCAAUGGCGAUACAAGACCAGUUUCUAAUUGGUGAAAUGUUUCUAAUUGCUCCAAUUCUGUGUGAAGGACGUUAUCAACGAGAUGUAUACAUACCACCAGGCAUUUGGGAAUCAGAGGAUCGCAUCAUUCUGGGACCUAAAGUAUUGACUGAUUUCCCAGUACCAUUAGAUAAAAUUGUUAUAUUUAAACAAAGAAAAGAGAAAUGAAACAUAUAUUGAUCUUUAUAAGACCUAGUGAAUCAUGAGACUUUUUAAAUGUUUCAGAUUUCAUAUUUCCAUAUAUAUGGUAAUAUGUUCUUAAUAUGAAUUAUUUAAUUGACAAAAUUAUACAGAUCAUCCACAAUCAUUGUAUAAAUUUGACCACAAAUGUAAAUAUAUUUUCAAAAAGUACUUCCACCGUCUAGUCAAUUUAAUGAAUCACUCACUAGCCUGUAGAUCUAACUAGAUCUUAUAUGUGAUCGUAAAUAUUUAACUACCUUGUGUUGUGAUAGUUAUAUUAACUAUGUAAUGCUAUGCCUUGCCUGUCAUUCACAAACAUUGUGAUAUUGUUUUAGUCACGAUUAAACAGUGUAAUAUUGUGUCACAGGCAUUGCUGUGUUAGUCUGAAAUAAAAAAGUUAUAUUGUGUCACAAGCAAUGUUAUGUUAGUCUGAACUAACCAUGUAAUAUUGUAUCAGUAAGAAAUGUUGUACUAUAUUAUUCAAGAUUUACCUUUGUAAUCUCUAUCAUUUUUUUAUCUUGCAGAUGUUUCAAUUAAAAUUAUAACUUUCAAAUAUUGUAAAGUAAUGUGAGUUAAAUCAACCCAUUUAUUGGUUUUUACAGUCCAAAUAAAACUAUGAUAUGUUAAGUCUAUCAUGAAUAGAUAGUAGACACCAUAUAAUGAUCAAUCAAUAAAAAAAUCAAACUAUGGAAUAUAUAAUCCGGUGAUCAAACCAAAUAAGGUUUACUAGUUUAGGUAAAGUAAGAAGAGAUGUUUAUGUCAUAACUAAACUUAAUGUAAAGAUCAAACCAAGGAAUGUUUCUGUCAAGACCAAACUGUUUAAUGUUGUAUCACUCAAGAUCAAAUUAUGUAACGUUUAUCUGUCAAGAUUGAUUUAUCAGUUAAGAUGAAGUUUGUCAAUUAAUAUCGAUCCAUGUUAUAUUUAUGUUUAAUACGAUAAACUAUAUUAUUUUUAGAUAUAGUUGAGGAAGUCAUGAUUGAGGAGAUUUGAUAUGGGAAGGGUAACGAAUUUUGAAAUUUAUCUUUUUAUUACUGAUAGAAAAACUGAAUUCCUAGACACACCCACACACAGAGUGAGUAAACUGUCAAGUUUCUAUCCGAGGCUAAGAAUCAAUACACAGCUCAAAGUCAACAACAAAAAGUCAAUAGCAGGCACUCUUUUUGAAUCACACAAUUCUUGAAGAUGGCCAAUAGAAAUCAAUCUCAGAAGUGAAGAGAGUACCAGAGUGUUUCUUUUUCUUGUAUCUACCAUCUUGAGUAUUCCCCUCUGGGUGAGAAUCGUCCUAGAUUGCUUAACACCGUCCUCCUGAUCUUAUUCUGUGAUAAAUGAGUAGUUUUUUGUUAUGUGAAUGUGUUAUUUCUUUGCUCUUUUGGGUCAGAUUUGAAGCAAAUAAGCUUUGUUAAUAUCUUCUUCUUCUUAUAUAAUACAGAUUUUACUUCAUAAAAGAAGAUGGUUACGUCCUACGCGUCUUGCAUUUAGUCAUGCAUAUUAACCAAUGACUUAAAUUCUGCCAAGUCAUGGCACUGGUUUUCCUGGCUAGCUCAGGCAACCCAUUCCAUGCUCUAAUAGCACUAGCACAAUAUAUCGUCUUUUGAUGAGGUCACAUUGAACUCUAUGUUCAAUAAAGGAUUUUUACAUAUCCAUGGUAUUGAUGGUAAACGAGAAACUUUCAUGUGUAACAUUUUUAUUCAGUAAUAUAUGCAAACUAUUUCAAACUAUUCGUAGGUGCUGUCAACUGCCAACGCAUGAUGCAGAUAAUCUAAGAUUUAGAUCUAACCUUAUGUUUAUUUGUUUAAGGAUGUCUGCUAUAAAUCUUUAAACUCCACUUUAGUUGUAGGCCCUAACUGUUAUUUAAAUUUCCGUGUAACGCUUAUUUCGAAAAAAAAU